AUGCCUGAGAUCUCCGUUCAAAAUCCGCUAAGGCUCUCUGAAAACGGGAAUGCUCGUUCCAUGUUUCUGUCUGCAUCACAACCACAACGUCCAUCAACUACUUCAUCCUUCCCUAUGUCUGUGCAAAAUGCUGCUAGGCUGGACUUGUCGAGUUUCCAGGUACUGAAUUCAUCUGUUAAAAGACAGAAUUCAAAUUCAGUGAAUGAAGAUAUAAAUAGCAGUAAGAGACGAAUAAGUAGAUCCAAUUUUUUAGAUAUCGAAUACAACAAUAACGCUAGCUCCCAAUCAGAAAAGACCACAAUCUGUCACUCAAGGCCAAACCCUUCCGUCAGGUAUUUGGGCAGUCCAAAAAGGGCCUUGCAGAGAGAAAAUUCUGUCGAAGUUACGCGAUCCUCCCCUUUGGUAUCGAAGCCCGCUAGUCAUACUGGAAAACAUAUUGCAUACGACAAAUAUACCACAGGAAUUCCGGUCAAAUCACCGAACAUUUCAAGUAGCAACAGCUUACUCAACAUGUCAAAAAGUUCAUUAGCCUAUGUGGAUGCAGAACCAGACGGACCGUCAUGUAAUGAAAUUAUUGAGAAUUUCCAGCACAAAAAAACCGAAAGCGAUGACAUUCAUGACGAUGAUGGCGAUGACGACGCAGAUCCUAAUGACUUAAGUAAUAGUGAAAACAACAACAACUAUAAUAAUAAUAAUAUUAAUAAUAAUAACAACAAUAAUAAUAACAACAAUACUAACAAUAAUAAUAUUAAUAAUAAUGACGAUGAUGAUAAUAACGAACGGGAAGAAAGCAACGUGUACAGGCCCGCAAAUAACAAAAAAUCAAGCAUCGCUUUAAUCCAAAAACUACAAGAACUAUACAAAGUCAUAGUCAAGCAAGAAAUUGAGUUACAAGAGCGGUGUUCCCAACUGACGAAUUCUCAAACCACUGAAUUGAAGAGUCUAUGGACUAUCUACAGGAUUAAUACCGAACUGGUUAACAAUUACGUUACGUUUAUCACCACCGCCUUAUUGCCGUCCCAACCACCUCAUGAUUUAGUUAUUGGCCAAGAGAUCGUCGAAAUAUAUAGAAUUGAAAGAAGACUAUGGGUAUAUGGUACAAUAACCUUUUUAGACGUUCUUAAAAACUUCUCCAAUUUCAUGGACCCUGAAGUUUGCUGCCAAUUUAUUACUCAUGUUUUUGUUUCAUUAUCGACCAUGAUCUCUGAUAUACCAUCCAAAUAUUCAAUCACCUGGUUACAAAGAUUAGGCGAUUUAUCAAGAAUGGCUAUAGCGUUAUAUCCCUCAAGUUUCAUUGAUUGGAAGUUAAGUGCGGAGCAUUGGUACACUGAGGCAAUGAAAUACAUUUAUAACCAUGGUAAGCUUUAUUAUCAUAUGUCUACAGUUCAGCAAAACACCUUGGAAGCAWUUGUGAAUUUGGGGAAAAGUGUUUUUUGCCAGGAAACGUUUACACCAUCUCCGCAGUAUAUGCAAUUGGUCAUCGAUAAUAUUUAUCAAAGAGCGUUUGUCGAAAGAAAUAAUGGCAACCUUAGAAACUCGUUAUUGAUUGAAUAUUUGAAACAUAGCGAAGCCAUGCUAUUGCCCAGUUUUUUAGAGAGUCCGGACUUGCAAAAUGUUGUGUUGACCUAUUUUGUUGAGAAAUUUGGUAUAGAUGCAAAUGGUUGCAAUAUAUUCAACCCAGAGGAUAUGUUUAUUCAAAAUCCUGACUUCUUCAAAUACUUUUUCAGACAUGCUCCAUCUUUUGCACAAUCUCAUAUUUUACAAAUUGUUGGAUUCGGAGAACCAAAGAAUCCAUUUGCCAUUCUGUUCGAGUUACCCAAAUACUUGAAGGAGAGAAAGGACAAGAAGGAGCGUAAAAAGUCUUCUAAUAAUGAUUCUUCAAUAACGGAAAGCACAACAAGUAACAGCAGAAAUUACAAUGAUGAUAAUGAUGAAAUAAUGAGUUCCACCACAUCCAUAUCUGAGCGUGAUUUUCUCAUGGAGUUUUUCAAUGAUAUUGACACUUUACGACGUCCAAUAGUCUCUUCCAUGUUAACAAAUGAGGCUUGGUUGGAGUCUUUAAAGUUUUUGAACAUGACUUCAUUAAAGUGCGGUAUGAUAGUGCUUAGGAAGUUUCUUCAUGGCCCUCUAGGUAUCGCAUUACCUCAUUUUCUACCAUGGAUUUACUUUAUUAUUUCAAUUUGCUUGAAAAGCGGCCAAUUGAGUGAUCCAAUUAGCAAAGAGUUUUGGAUACUCAUCGUCAAGAGAAUAUUCCCCUGGGACACAAUGGUUACUUUUAUGAAUAUUCUAAUAGCAUGCUUGUUGGACAAUGAAACGUCCAAUCCAAUUAUUGGAAGCUUGUGCAGUGAAUACAAUGAUUUAAAUUUGGCUGAACUAUUAGAAUUUUUUAAUGAGAAGGAAGAACUACCUGAAAUUUGGCGUUGCUGGGGUACAUUAUGGUUUGACACCAUCUGCCAAAAGAACACAAAGACAAUCAGUAGUGACGAUGAUUUUGAGGAGGUAGGUAUCAAAGAUUACAUGGCAUUAGAUUCGCCAACUGAUGGGAUAAUAUUUGAUGUGAAUGACGAAAAUGGUGAGAAAUUUUGGAAAAGGGCAUGUAGAACUAUUUUUCUUUUCAAAGAGCUAUCGAGAAGUUUCAAAAUAGGAGUAGUAAUCAACAAUGAAUCGUCGAUCAACCGUUCAUCAAUGCCAAGCAAGAAUGUACUAGGAGAUUUAUCAUUCAAACUCGAACCAUUGAGUACCCUAGGAAGUAGUCUUCCAACGCUGGAAGGUAUUGUUGACGUCUUUGAAGCAAGAAGCGAGAACAAUGUUGAUUUGCACGCUGUGCCAGAACUUAGUGUCAUUAAGGGCGGAAGUAUUUUCAACUAUACUGGCUACAAAAAGCUUUGUCCUGAUUACACAUGUUUCGAUAAAAACGGGGAAUUUUUAAGUGCCUCUCUCUAUACCUCUUGGUAUGUUCCUAACGGCAGUAACAAUUCGGAGACUAACGUAAUUAGUAGCUGCGAAAAGGAAAGCGAGGACCUGUUCUUGAAGUGUUUGAUGUCAGAUGACCAGGAAAUCGACUUGAAAAUCACAUACUUCGUCUUUGAUGCGACAUCAUGGUUGAGGCACUCAGCACGUAUAUUCAAGUUAGCACAAAAUAGGCUAUUGAAAUUUGCUAUCUGCUUAACAACAUUCCAAGAAUUAAGAUUCCUACGGAAGUCAAAGGACGAAAACGUCAUGGAAGCAGCCACAAGGGGUAUCAUAACCAUUAGACAACUUUACUACGAGAACAAGGUACUACCUUUAAGGUUCACGGGUAAUGUCGCAACGCAUAUCGAGGAGAACUUAGAGUUCGAAGAGCAGAUAACAUGGAGAACACAUGUCGAUGAGUUUGUCAUCGAAUCCAUAAUGAAAGCACAAGAAAAGCUGGAGAACGCAAACCAACCGCACGCUUCCACUUAUCGUUUCAAUUAUGUGAUCUUGAUAUCGGAUGACGAUACCAUGAAGAAAAAAGCACAAGAAAAAAAAAUAAAAACGUUAAGCACGAGAUUUGUGUUUUCUUUAUGCACAAAACUUGGCGAGCAGCGCCGCUUAUGCACAGACUGA